AUGUCGACAUCGGCGGCAGCACCUGGCACUCCAGGCGUCUGGGGUCCCGGCGGUAGCACCGGAGGGACUACUAACACGACACCCCAGGCAAAUGUCCGGCCUGCGAUUUAUCCGAGAGAGGGAGAUGUGCAGGACUAUCCUAAGGGCGUCGUCGAGUUAAUGUGGUCGGGAAUCUUUGGAGACCCCGACAAGAAAUGGGGUCCGUUCUAUAAACAUGUCAGAGCGGCGAAAAAGGAGGGACGCUGGGUCGAGUGGGACACUACGGAUAUCGUAGCUGCCGAGCCUAACGACAGAGACGAUGUCAUCGACCCCGACGAGGACUCGAGGCGCAUGAAGAGGUCAUAUAGAACCGGCGCGUACAUGCUAGACAAUGAAUUAAGAGAUGACGUACGUCCCGCGCAUAUCAACGUCGAGGAAAUUCUCGGCAGGGCGACCCAUCCCGGCGACUAUGACGAUGCGUUCUUCUCGCGCCAGUGGCGGUCCCUCUACAGGAACACAGUGCUCUUCGCAAAUAAGUGGUUCGACGCGCGCGUAGACCUGAGAUAUAUCACGGAAUCGCAGCAAGGGCCCAACCAGAUCUGGAGCAUGCUCCUGACGGAGCAGUUCACCGAGUACUCCCGCCUCGUCGUCCAAGAAGACCAAAAGGUUGGUGGGUGGCCCGCCAUCCUAAACGAGGGUCCGCAGCGAAAAUGGCUCGUAGUCGGUAUCUUGGCUCAGAUCAUGGAAAAGAAGAUAUUUAAUGAGCUCUGCUUCGGAGCCGACGAGCUUAUCGAGAAGGAGCUGGAAAGACUAGAUAGUCUAUGGUUAGGAAAAGAAGGGUACGGCCGCAAGGCUGCUCGCGCUAUCACGGCGAGAUACGGCUUGGAAGGACGCCUGCUACCGCGCAAUUUCUGGAACAGGGUCGACGACUUGGCGGCUAAGACGUUGAAGGUCUUCCUGCCGCUGCUUAACGUGAUGAAGGAGGUCGUCCCGAACGAUCCGAUGAGCCGGUACUCGCAGGAGUGCUUCUUGCAAGAAGUGCACGCCAUACUUGCGCACGCGGGAUUGAUCCAGGUCUGCAUGGCCGUCUCGCCUAGCAUCUUCCAUAUUUUAUCCGCCACGCCCGGCGCGCGCAUGGACUACGACAUCGAGAAGCAGUCCGAUAUGCAAUUAUACCGCGAAUCUAAGGCGUUUUACGAGGAGCAGGAAAAGUACUGGACCGAGUACAUUACGGAAUCUAUGGCCGGGCGACCGGCUCAGAACCGCACCGGAGCUCCUAUUAAACUUCCUCAGAACGAGGAAGAACGCCGUACUAUGGAAUACCACCGGAUCCGUGGCGCCAAGGUCAAGUUCGCCGUGUUCCCCAAGCUGACGCGCUACCGUCCGAUCAACCAAGGCCAGGGCAUGGCCGAGCUGAGGGAUUACGACGAGACGGUGACUUGGGACGCUUACAAGGAGACCAGCGAAGGCCAGGAGGUCGUCAACCUCACGGACUGCUGGGUCGUUUACAAGCAGGGUUUGAUAUAUCCGGAAGAAGAUUAUGUUGAGGCGCAGACUUUGGACGACCACCUGAAAUCGCUUGCCAAACAACCGAACGGGUUGGUCGGUUUGCUCUGGACGGUGAUCAAGGCGUUAUCCUCCGCGUGCAGGAAAUCAUUUUGGCAUAUUCUCUGUAUCGGCGCCGUCUUUUUAAUACUCUCCUCCUUCUUCGUCGGCGCUACCUUCAUCAAAUACCUCAUCUACAACAAGCUCCCUUAUAUUAUCUUUACCCUCUUUUGCACGGUCCAAAUCGUACAAGGUCUUCUCCGCAAGGGCGACCACUUUUCGGCUUGGGUCAUCAUCGGCAUCCCUAUCACGCUCACGUACCUUGCCGGAUUCCUAUAUUACGCUACAUUCAGUAAUACGUCGGUGGAUGACGCGGCGGCCGAAGCAUUACGCCAAGCUCACGAAUACGUCGAUAGCGCGCUCGCCGACGCCGGAGCGUGA